GCCUUGUGGUUAGUGGUUGUUGUAUAAGUUGUAAAUGUCAUAUUUGUGUGCACUUAGUGGAUCUCUAAGUUAUCUCGUGGAUUUAGGAGUGAGAAUAGGCUAGGUUUAGAUUCAGAACAUUAGAAUAUUGAGAAGUUUAAAGGCGAAGACAAUGGCGAUGUUAAUUGAAAUGUACGAGCAACAAUAUGGAGUAUUAACGGCUGAUAUUACAUCAAGAAUCGGAAAAUUACCAUCUGUUUCUGGAAGUGAGAGGAGGACUUUGGUAACCGAGCUGGACAGACAUCUGGAGGAAUGCAAUGAGCUAAUGGAGCUAGAAGUGCGAGAGAUGAAAGCGACGGAGCAGCCGAGGUUACGCACAAGACUGGAGAGUUACCGGGUGGAAUUAGGUCGUCUGCAGCAGGAGUUCAAACGUGCUCGGUCAGUCACCAGUCAAGAGAGUUACCACGAGUCAUCGGAGCACUUCUCGCCUGGCCUGAGCCUCAAUGAGGAGCAGAAGCAACGACUAUUGGACAACUCGGAGCGGUUGGAACGUACCGGCAACCAUCUCACCUCCGGAUAUCAAAUCCUGCUGGAGACGGAGGAGAUCGGCUCCCAGGUUCUGCGGGAUCUUAGCCAGCAGCGAGAGACCAUACAGAAAUCUCGAAGCAGGGCAGGGAGUGCCAUUGUUUACUCGAGUACCGAGAGAGCCAAGGAACCAGAAGUCAGGAGUCAGAGUACCGUUAAACUGUCCACAUAA